AACUAGGAUUACAGGCGUGAACCACUGGCGUCCAGCGUUACUCAGAAGUUCUAACUGCAAGCAAUAGGGGCUGCCACUGACUGAAACCAAGAAAGCAACUUAUUGGAAGACAGUGCCAUACUCCAUUGGCUUCAUGGGAAGGCUGAAAAAAAGGACAGACUUAGGGCAUCAGGCAGCAGGAGACAGUCAAGGUGCUUCCUCCAAUUGGUCUUGGCUCAGUGGUGUCAUCACCAUUCCCUUGAGCUCUAUCCAUGCUACCACUAUGUUGCUUAUCUCAUGUCAUUGAACAGGGACCAGGAAACUUCCCCAUUUCUCCAGGGGGAAGGGGUUCAGAAUGCUUAUAUAAGUAUGUGUGUGUACAUGCAUGCACAUGUUUAUGUUCAUACACAUGCACUUGUGUGUGCCCACAUGCCUGCACACAUUUAUGAUUUGCUGUAUCUACUUAGCUCAGGGGCCUACAACAUUGAGGCCAAGUGGGAGAAGACAGGGAAAAUCUGACUCCUUCAGCUUCAUUAAUAGAUACUCCUGACCAAUGUUUGCAGAGUACAAAUUUCUUCAAAAAUAGGAAAAUUUUCUCAGGAUUAGAAAUUAAGGAUUAAAAAGCUGUUUACAUGAGUCUACUUUGUGUAUUGUCCUAGUGUGCCAUUUCCUAAGUUAGCCCUGUUAAUGUAGAUUUCUCCUACCACAAAAUAGCAGCUGGACCCUGCAUAUCCAUGGCUGGGGUAGAGAGAGUCACUACUUAAAGUCUGUGUUUUCUCUUGAAACUAUCAGAGUAGUUUUCCUGAAGGUCCGUCUUAGAUGUCCUAAGAUUGGCUUCAUAAGUGGUGAGGAUGAUCAGGACUGAAGCAUUCCAAUAGCAGUGGAGGAGAGAAUGUAGGCAAACAGAGGUACAAACUGGCACAGAUAACACAGCACAGCAAGAGAGAUGAGAGCUGUCAUACUCAGAUGAAGGGAAAAUUUGGAAAAGUUGAAAGUGCUGGAGUUUUUGCUGAAGAAAUAGCAGAAGGCAUAUUAGAGAUCUAAUAAAGGAAUGUGGCUAUCCCAGUUCCUUCUGAGAGGCUUAGACCCUGAGUCUGAGGGGCAGGGAUACAGUUCUCUUAGGUGGGAGGUUCCUUGGUGAGAGGGGAUGAUCAGAGCCAGACCCAUCCUCCCUGGGAGGGUGUGUGACCCAAGAACAUGUGCAACUCUAUAUGAAUCCCUGACCUGGGGCUUUGUGGCAGCUGAGUAAGGGCAGUCUUGUUUGGAACACAAGAAGUUAGUAUGCUGUCUGACAUAAACUCUUCCCAGGACAACAUGGUCCCUGGGAUGUGGUGCCCUUGUUCCAGGAAGAAGUACUUGGAGAAUGUACCAACUACAAGUUCAAAAGGUUGCUUCCGUGGCAUUCAGCAGGCUGGGGUGCAAAGACAGAACUGUGGUGCCAUGGAAUUCAGGCUCUGUGAAAGACCUGUGCCUGACACACCAGCACAGACUGCAGGAAUACAAGAGGGCAAUAAAUGCAAAUCUCACACUCCAGAGGACUAUCGGGUUCUGCUGGGAAACACCCAACUGUAUCAGCAAACCCAGCACACCCAAAAUAUGUCGGUGAGCCGGAUUAUCAUCCAUCCAGAAUUUGAGAAGCUUCAUCCCUUCGGGAAUGACAUUGCCAUGCUGCAGCUACACCAGUCUGUGAAGUUCACAUCUUAUGUUGUUCCAGUCUGCCUCCCACCCACAGACUUACAGCUGCCCAGUCACAUGGCCUGUUGGAUAACUGGCUGGGGCAGGCUUUCGGAGGACAUGAAACUGUUACCACCCUUCUCACUCCAGGAGGCCAAAGUGAACCUGGUUGAGAAUAAACUCUGUAAUACCUUAUAUGGGCAAGUAUCUGGCAAUGACAAGGGCUAUGUGCAUGAAGAGAUGCUGUGUGCAGGGGACUUCUCAACAGGAAGGUCCAUCUGCCGAGGCGAUUCUGGGGGACCCCUUGUCUGCUUCCACCCCAAUAUCUGGGUUCUGGUAGGACUGGCCAGCUGGGGCCUGGACUGCCAGCAUCCUGUCUACCCCAGUGUUUUCACUAGGGUUGCCUACUUCCUUGAGUGGAUCAGUGAAGUCAAGAGGCAAACUCCUCUCCUGAACCCCAUUUCCACACCUCCUCACAUGGACUUUUCCCCUUCAGUACCUAUGAAGUCUGCUGGCUCAGCUCAGCCCUAUAGCACCCUCAUGUCUGCACAGACCUGGCUCCUGCUGCCAUUUCUCUUCACCAUCCCACAGCAGGCCUCAUGGUGACCACUGGACACCUUGACAUUUUCACUGCUCAGAACUUUUGUCCAAAGUUCAGUCUCUCUCCCUACAGCCCCCAUCAGUCUAAAUUGAUCCAUUCCCUUACCUUAUGUAUCCAUCAAAUGUCACUUCCCAAACCAAACCUGGAA